GAGAAGUCAGUUGCCGUAUACAGUGGAACUUAAAAAAAUCGAAGUUCAGUUGUAAAUACACAUGUGAAGUACAUACACACAUGCAGAAAAGACGUAGUAUUUUUUUAUGUAUCAAUGUUUUAAGAGAAGUUGUGCUAUUUUUUGUACAUUAUUCGUAUACUCCCUCCUGGACACCGCUACUGGACUGGCUGAAGUUAGCCUGAAGCAGGUAGACGUCCGGUAUAUUUUGCUGUGUCCAAAGUCUUUCAUCAUAUUUCCAUGAUGUUCACCAGGCAGCUUCUACUACUGAUAUGUAUGGUCUCAAGAAUUUAUUCAACUAGUCUAGACAUGUCGGACUAUCAGCUGUACAGAUACGAAGGCACAGGGUUCCAUCGGUUCACUCGAGAUAACAACACUGGAAAUAUUUACAUCGGUGCUGAAAAUUCUCUUAUUUUGCUUUCUGAUGAUUUUAAUUAUGUGAGUAAAGUUAGUACAUGUGCAAAUGGAGAUGAUUGUAAUAAUAUUAAUAAAGUCCUGGUCAUUGAUUACAAUAACAAUAGUUUGAUAAGUUGUGGAGGCGGUAACCAUGGAGGAUGCGAAGCUCGCUCUUUGAGUACUUUGGAGAUGUAUGAUGGCACUGCUGUGGAAAACAUUGUUGGGAUGGGGAAUCUUUCUGCUGUUGGUUUUAUAUCCUUAAUUAAUAAAAAGGAAAAAAUUAUAAAUGAACCUACAUUAUGGAUUGCAUCCAUUGAUUCUGAAAGUGCUAAGUCUCGAAUGUUGGCAACUAGAAGAUUGGAUCCAAGCAAUCCCUUUGCGUUUAUUGACGAUAUUAAAAUACAAGCAGCUUAUAAUGAAAGGGACUCAAUUCAGUAUGUAACUGGAUUCUAUCACAAAGAAUUCAACUAUUUUGUUUCAAACCGCGAAAACCAGGCACGGAUAAGUCGUAUCUGUGAAACAGGUGAAUUAUCUGCUUUUUCAGAAAUUUUUCUUCGAUGUGUUGAUUCAAACUUUGAUUACGAGAUAGUCCAGGCUAUGAAAGUGGAGUUGAUUGGAUCUACAUUGGCAAGUGCUCUAAACUUGACAGUCCCACAGAAGGUUUUCUUUGGUGUAUUUACCACUGAAGACCUUAGUAAUUCUGCUCUCUGUAUGUUCACCUUAAACGAGAUUGAGGAAGCAUUCUUUAAGGCUAUUAAUGGAUGCUACACCAGUGGAAGUCCAUAUGUACUAGGUUAUGUAGACGGUGCUGAAUGCUCUGAAAACAAUGUGAGGGAAGAACUUUUAAAGAUAUACAUGUGUGAAGGGAGUAAUUUGAGGGUCAAGUACUCGCAAGGUACCUUGGCUGAGUCUGCGUAUUCACAACCGGUUUUGCAAUACGCCAAUUAUAUGACUUCAAUUUCGGUGGCAGUAGAGGAGAAUAACACCAUAGCGUUUCUAGGUACAUACCACGGAAAACUCAUUAAGGUACACAUUCAUAAUGGGAGCGCAGCCCGUGAGUACGAGACACUAGCACUUGACGAAGGUUUUCCUGUGAGAGCUUUAUCACUCCUUGAUGCUACAUCAACUAAUCUCACAAUUCUCACAGAAAAUAAGUUGUUAAAAAUUCGAGUUGAGAGUUGCACCCACUACACCAGCUGUAGUGAAUGUGUUGGGCUUAAUGACGGAGGCGGAGAUCCUUACUGUGGUUGGUGUACAUUAGAAAACAGGUGUAGUCGGCUAAGUGAAUGUUUCACUGAUGCUUGGAUAGUGAGUGGAUCCAACAAAUGUAUUUCAAUCAGUGGCACAGCCCCUGAAUUUCUACCUAUUACAAAGUGGGUGAAUGAAAAAAUUUCUUUGGAUAUAACUCAACUCCCAUCAAACCAAAUUUAUACAUGUAAACUUGGAGGGACAGCAGUUAAAACACACAGAUUAACUGGAGGUCAAAUUAAUUUAGCAUGUGACAGCUUUACACAGGCACCAAUUUUACAGGAAGGAGAAGUUGCAAAUUAUUCAUUGAUAUCAGUAUAUUCAAAUUUGACUGGAGUUGAUAUAGUAAGCACACGUUUUACUUUCUACAAUUGCAGUGCUAUAAAAUCGUGUUAUGAAUGUGUAACCAGCUUUGAUUGUGAUUGGUGUCCUUUAGGACAUAAGUGCACUCACACAGAAUCAACACCUUGUGGGGAGAAAGACAUUACUGUAAAAGAUGACGCGGACUGUCCACGGCUGGUUCCUCAGAGUAAAUAUCCACUACUGCAUUCUGGGAAAAGUAAGGAGAUUGUAAUUGAAGCCAGUCAUCUGCCAAUAGUCACCAAUUACAUUUGUGUUGUUGAUGAUGAUGAAGCUAAUCCAAUCCAAGCUACAAGGAAUAGUAACUCCAGCAUUACAUGUAACAGUUCCAUGUACAAAUAUUCUGAUGAAGUGCAGGAGAAGAACAUAACUCUGAAAGUUGCUUGGAAUAAUAGUAACUAUAUAGAUUAUCAAUUUAUAGUAACCCUUUACAAGUGUUCAGUAGGUCAGCCUGAUUGCAGUACAUGUUUGUCUAGUCUUUCCACACCACCUGUCUAUAAUUGUAGCUGGUGCAACCGAGGCGGUUGUGUUUAUGCCUCGGAUUGUGUUGAAGCAGACAUACCAAGUUCAUGUCCAGCCCCAGUAGUCAACGAGAUUGUUCCGAAUGUUUUAGCCACAUCCUCAGAUGUUGAGGACGUUGAUCAUAUCCAGUUGAAUGGUACAGAUCUUGGGAAAUAUGUUAAUGAGGUUGAGAUUGACGUCGGUGGGAAGCCAUGCAAAAUUAUUAAUGAGAGCUUUGUAGUGGGACGUAGUGUUUCGUGUUGUGCUCCAGCUUUUGCUAACGAAGGCCAGCAGUGGGUGAACGUAACGGUAGCUGGACAGUCAACAGUCGUUUUUGACAUACCGUUAAAUUAUCAAAGACCAAUAUUGUCAUCUAUAAGCCCAGCAGAGGGUAUCAUGGCAGGUGGAACAGAUGUAAUAAUCAAAGGAGAAAAACUUAAUUUUGAAACAAUUAAUGUCUAUAUCAACACCUCCAUUUGUGGGGUUGAAAGCAAAAAUUCAACACACAUUGUUUGUAAGACUGGAGCUCAUGAAACGAAUGCAUGUUACGAAGUAACAGUUACAUUUGGUUUUGUGGAGAAGCAUGUGCCUGACAGGUUCUGCUACCGGGCAAAUCCCAAGAUCUUUGAUUAUAACCCGAAAAAGAGCAUCAAUGCAGGUGGCCGUGUCAUAACAGUUUAUGGUUCUGAUUUCCAGUAUGUACAGGAUGCCAGGAUGCGAGUGACUAAAGGGUCAGAUCAAUUUUUUUAUUGCAAUUGCAAAAAUAAAACAGCAUCAUCAAUGAUAUGUGAUUCCCCAAUAAUUAGUGAUUCUUCUUCCCGGAGAAAACGGCAGGCAACUAAAGGAGAUGAGUUAUCUGUCACCUUUAUUUUGGAUGGUUUAGAGCUGAACUCGGCUGGCUUGACCUAUUUCCCAAAUCCGGUCUACUUCAACUUCACAGAUAAAUCUGUUUACAAUAGUUUUGUAGAUGAUGAUGGCUUCUAUUUGUUGAAAGACAGUGAUACAUAUUUUUUUUUAUAUGGGUUGGACAUAACACUGGCUAGUGAUGUGGAAGAUGUAAGCGUGUUUAUUGGAGAAACUGAGUUAACAGUAAUAGAAAUUGCAAUGACCCAUGUGAAAGUGCAACUUUCCAGUGAAAAAUAUGAUGCUACCCUUGUCAGUGCAAAACAUAACAACAUCCACAAGGUUUUUGGAGAUAUUAAGUACCCAGGCAUUGAUUACAUUGUCAUGUUGAUCAUUAUCUGCACGCUACUUGUCUUCAUCAUCAUCAUCAGCAUCAUUGCUAUCAGGUACAAGUAUAGAACAAGCCAGAUCAAAAACGAGGUGAAGAACAUUCUUCUUGAGAUGGACGAGUUGGAAAAAACUGUUAAAGAUGAGGCCAGACAAGCCAUAGCAGACCUAACACUGGGGCUAACGGAUCUUACUGAAGACUUGAAGGGCGUUGGAAUGCCUUUCCUUAGUCACCGUGAUUAUGCAUGCAGCAUGUUGUUCACAGGUUUUGAAGUUAUACCCGAUUCCGUCGAAAUUGAUGAGAGGGAUGAAGACCAGAGGGAAAACACUGCACUUCUCAAAUUCUCAAAGCUCUUGAUGGACAGGCAGUUUCUACUGGCAUUCAUACGGAUGAUAAACAACAAUGAUCAAAUCACAAUCCGUGAAAAAGGUAAUUUUGCAUCAUUACUAACUGUUGCAAUGAUUGUGGAGAAUAAGUUGGAAUAUUUAACUGACAUCCUGGAGAUCCUUCUAAAGGAGUAUAUUGAAGAUCAUAUGUAUUCAAAGAAGGCUAAGCAAGUGCUGAUCAGGAAUGAGACAGUGACAGAGAAGCUUUUGUCCAAUUGGAUUGCUUUGUCUAUGUACAACUAUCUAAAGUUUCAUGCUGCGUUCCCACUCUAUCUGCUGUACCAGGCCAUCAAGUGCCGGAUCCAGAUGGGACCAGUGGAUGCUGUUACCAAUUUUUCCACUCAUUCCCUCAGCAUUGAUCAUAUUUUACCUUCCGGAAUUGAAGGAGAAGAAAUUUCUCUAGUGGUAUUGCUGAAUGAUGAAGAUGGGGAACAGAUUGAAGUGACAGUGCUCACCUGCGAUAGUAUCUCACAGGUAAAGACAAAGCUCCUUGACGGAAUGUACAAGAAUCGUCCCUUCUCAGCCCGACCAAAGAUCGACGAAUUGGAUCUCGAGUGGAGAAAUGGCAGAAAUGGCCACCUGGUGCUAAAUGAUAGAGACAAUAACUCACUUAGGUCUGGCAACUGGCAGAAAAUCAACACCCUCACUGAUUUUGGGGUUCAAAAUCGAUCUGUGGUGGCAUUGAUUGCUAGGAAGAGUGUUGUGAAUGUUGAUGUACAAGGUGAUGUUGUUAGUCCAACGUCUCCAUAUUUUUCUAAAGGACAAGGAUACCAAAAUGUUGUGUUGACUGAAAUCCAGUUUGACUUUCAGCCUGAAGAAGGAAUUUCCUACUAUCACUUGGUGAAAGAUGAUGAUUCAGCUGCUCCAAGAGACCUGAGGUCUGAGGUUCGAAAAGAAUUCAAACGAGGUCAAACCAUCCAGUACAAGAGAAAGAAAAUGAUUAAAGAAGUUCACUUUCCAAGACUGGUGUCCACAAAGGAAACAAUUCAGAGGUAUGUGGAUGACAUGUUCAAAGCUAUUGUGAAGACUCCAAAUAACACUCACAAGGUGCCCCUUGCUAUCAAGUACCUAUUUGACCUGUUUGACAAGGAAGGAGGGAAGCAUGAGGUUGACAGCAGUAUUCUGAAGACGUGGAAGAAUCACAGCUUUCUUGCACGUUUUUGGGUGCCAGUGAUUACCCAUCCUAAUUUCAUCUUCGAUAUUGCUCAAAUGAGGCCUGUAGAGGUUGCGCUUGAUAUCAUUUCUCGUACAUUUUUGGACUCAUGUUCGGCCGUCAAGAUCAAAUUUACCAAGGAAUCGCCAGUAAAUCGCUUACUGUACACGAAGGAGAUUGAAAGUUACCGUAAACUUGUGGAUAGUUUCUAUUCCAGUGUUAGCAACAUGCCUGAUUGCAAUCGCAAGGAACUGGUAGAGGAGCUUGACAUUGCUUGCCAGAAUUUUAGUGGUUUGUUUAGUAAAUCCAGCACACUUUAUCACCUGUAUUCCUAUGCUGAAGAACACAAAGCAAAGUUACUGAAGGUUCUAAGAGAUGAAGUUGAAGUAGAAAACAACAUGGCCGACACACUGAAGGAAAUUUCCGAUGUUUUGAAGACACCCAAAGACAAGAAUGGACAGAUGCAUUGAUAGAAACAAUGCACAAAACCUUGUAUUGAACUAAUAUUGGCCAAAUCCAUUGAACAGAACAGUCCUCAGAGUAUUGUACAAUUGUCGUAUUCGAAUGGGAACUUUCAUACUCAACAGAAAAUUUGUUAAGUACUUUUUGUAUUCCUUUGGUUAAAUAAUGCUAACUUUUCGUUGAGUAACAUAGUCAGCGAGUAAGUCCCAAUCGAAUACGAAACAUUAUCACAGUAUGUAAAUUGUCCAAAACAGGAAAUCAUAUAAUUAAAUUCAGUUAUAAUAUACUUUUAUAUGAAAUUACAUCUAUUCAUGCUGAAAAGAACAGUCCCCAGAACAUAGUACAAUAAUAUACAGUAUAAAUUGUCAAAAAAAGAAAAUUGUAUAGUUAAAUUCAGUUAUGAAAUACUUUUAUAUGAAGUUAUAUCUACUCAUAUUGACAGGAACAGUCCCCAAAGAAUUAUACAAUAAUAUACAAUAAUAUACAAUUUGAAAAUUGUCCAAAACAAAAGAGAAAAUUCUAUAGUUAAAUUCAGUUAUAAUAUAUUUUUAUAUGAAAUUAUAUCUUUUCAUACUGAAUGGAACAGUCCCAAAGCAUUGUAUAGUUAUCACAGUAUGUCCAAAAUAAAAAAAAAUUAUAUAGUUAAAUUCAGUUUAUGAUAUACUAUUAUAUAAAUUAUAUCUAUUUCAUGCUGAAUGGUCAAGUCCCCAAAGCAUUGUACAAUGAUAUAUAGUAUGUAUAUUGUCCAAAAUGAGGAAAUCCUAUAAUUGAAUUCAGUUACAAUAUACUUUUAUAAGAAAUUAUAUCUAUUUUUGCUGUGUCUAAGAAUUUAUAAUUAAUAAGGAUUGAUUUUUAAUUUGACUGGUAUUAACCAAUUAAAUUCAUAUAAUAGGUAGUACUUGACUAAAAUUUGUUUACACAUUGAAUUGGUCAAUUGAUUGCUUCGCGUUAUUAUAUAGUAAUCACUAGAGUGUAAACUGUGCAUAUGAAACAAUGCAGAAUUGUAUAUUUUCUGAGCUGGCUGCUAUAGGAAGAGUGCCACCAUGAGGCC